AUGCCUGAAUACGGCGUCUCGUCGCACCUGACGCCAUUUCUGCCGUACAUCGAGAAGGCGAGGUCGACCCGUUUCAGCUCCGAUUGGCACAUGCCCGACAGUUUGUCGCGACCCAUCGAGAUUGGCACGCUCGCCAGAUGGCUCGAGACAUGUGACACGCACCACAACGGCCACUGCCAAAGUCAACAUUUCGUCAACGCCCAUCAAACGCCCACGUGGCUCGUCAAUGUGCGCCGCCAGUGCAUCGAGCGCGCCUGCCCGGGGCACCGCUACGUCGCCCUCAGCUAUGUCUGGGGCAAGACCGAGUCUGUUUCGCUGACGACGACGACCGUGGACAGUCUGCUGAUCCUUGGGUCACUCGAUAACGUGGUCCUGCCCAGGACCAUCCGCGACGCGAUGCACUUGGUUGCAGCCCUCGACUUGACACAUCUGUGGGUUGACAGACUGUGCAUCGUGCAGGAUGACGAUGCCGAGAAACACGCCCAGAUCAAAGCAAUGGGAUCCAUCUACGCCCAGUCCUACUUCACACUCGUCGCAGCUCAGAGCUUUGACGCCUCGGGGCCGCUGUCUUCCAGGCCGCUCCGAAGCUCGGCGCCGCCGGGAUGGACAGGCAUGCUGGCAAAGUCGGCCGCCAAGACAAUGAGUUCCUGGGCCAAGGCAGUUUCGAAGUCGCUCGCACAACGCCAUCGUUCUGAUCUAGCGCAAACUAUCGCGCCAAGUCCCUGGCGCGGCCCCGAGACGGAUAAGGAGGUGAUGAAGCUCAUGGCACUGGACCUGCUCCGGACGAUUUGGUUCUCGCGCGGGUGGACAUUCCAGGAGCUUCUCUUCUCCCGCCGGAAGAUCAUCUUCCACAACAACACAGUCAACUGG